AUGACCUCUAACAGUUAUUUGGAUCCUUCGACAUCAGUUUAUUUGAAUAAAAAGACAGUCUUUUCUGCCAGCCUGAACUUAGCCACCAUAAGAAGCAAAGGUUUUAUCCGUCCUCAUUAUUCACAUCAGGUUGACCCAUGGAACUUGAAGCCGCCUGAUUUCUCUCCUAAACUCUACACAUCUCUGAGUGUCCCUCGAAGGAAGAAGACAAAAAAUACACAUCAACCUUUACUGACACUUGCCUCCAGUGAGACAGCCUUCAGAGUGGACAGAUUUACCCCAAACAUUCUAAUUCCUGAGAUUGACCAGAAUAAAAAAGCACUGCCAAAGUUCAGCUCAUCAUACAGACCUCCUGGCUCUUUAGAAUCAAAGCUGAUGUUCGUUAAAACAGGGAAAUACCCUCCUGUGGCCUACAAGAACCCUAAACCACAUAACUUUAGACAGCUUGCUGAUGACAUGCCAAAUAUGGUUACUGCAGCUGAAAGGGAUCCUGGUCAGUUGAACUUCAAAUCUCAGCACCUGAGUAUAAUUAGGGGGACCAGAUCGGACACAGACAUUUACUCAAGGGAACCUUUUGGGAAGAUGGACACCUAUAAGCCAACAGAGCCCAGAUGGGAGGCCAGGCUCACACUCCCUAAAUUGCCUUGGCCCCCAAAAUCUGCCUCCUACACUAGACACAGGCACAGACGCGGAGUGUACAGUGCUUUCAUGGACAGAGUAGAGGAGAAGAUCUCCAGCUCUUGGAAAACUGGCUGA